CCUGAGCGCCAGCCCCAAACGAGCCGAUGGAAAAAUCCAAAAAUUUCCGCAUCGACGCCCUGCUGGCGGUGGACACCCCGCGAGCCGCCUCUGCGCAGAGCGCGCCGCUGGCCUUGGUCACGUCGCUCGCCGCCGCCGCAUCUGGCACCGGAGGUGGCGGCGGCGGCGGCGGGGCGAGCGGCGGGACUAGCGGCAGCUGCAGCCCCGCGUCCUCGGAGCCGCCGGCUGCGCCCGCCGACCGCCUGCGCGCCGAGAGCCCGUCGCCGCCGCGCCUGCUGGCCGCACACUGCGCGCUGCUGCCCAAGCCGGGCUUCCUGGGCGCGGGCGGCGGCGGCGGCGGCGGCACGGGCGGCGGGCACGGGGGGCCCCACCACCACGCGCAUCCGGGCGCAGCGGCCGCUGCCGCCGCCGCCGCCGCCGCCGCCGCCGCGGCCGCUGGGGGCCUGGCGCUGGGGCUGCACCCGGGGGGCGCGCAGGGCGGCGCGGGCCUCCCAGCGCAGGCGGCGCUCUACGGCCACCCGGUCUACGGCUACUCCGCGGCGGCGGCGGCGGCUGCGCUGGCGGGCCAGCACCCGGCGCUCUCCUACUCGUACCCGCAGGUGCAAGGGGCGCACCCUGCGCACCCCGCCGACCCCAUCAAGCUGGGCGCCGGCACCUUCCAGCUGGACCAGUGGCUGCGCGCGUCCACCGCGGGCAUGAUCCUGCCUAAGAUGCCCGACUUCAACUCCCAGGCGCAGUCGAACCUCCUGGGGAAGUGCCGCCGGCCGCGCACCGCCUUCACCAGCCAGCAGCUGCUGGAGCUGGAGCACCAGUUCAAGCUCAACAAGUACCUGUCGCGGCCCAAGCGCUUCGAGGUGGCCACCUCGCUCAUGCUCACCGAGACCCAGGUGAAGAUUUGGUUCCAGAACCGGCGGAUGAAAUGGAAACGCAGCAAAAAGGCCAAAGAGCAGGCGGCGCAGGAAGCGGAGAAACAGAAGGGCGGCGGCGGGGGCUCGGGGAAGGGAGGCGCGGAGGAGCCGGGCGCGGAGGAGCUGCUGGGGCCGCCCGCGCCCGGCAACAAGGGCAGCGAACGCCGCCUGCGGGACUUGAGGGACAGUGACCCCGAGGAGGACGAGGACGAGGACGACGAGGACCAUUUCCCCUACAGCAACGGCGCCAGCGUCCACGCCGCCUCCUCCGACUGCUCCUCGGAGGACGACUCGCCGCCCCCGCGGCCCGGCCACCAGCCCGCGCCCCAGUAGGAGCCCCGCGGCCCAGCAGGUGCGGCGCGCACGGAGCGCCCCGGCCGGCGGCUUCUCCCUUCUCUCUUCUGAGAGCAGGCUCUGCCGCCGCCCCAUGGACCCCUCGCCCAGGCCGGGGCUGGAGGGAUUCGGCCGCGGCCUCUGGUCCUGGGCGCUUCCCUUUUAAGCAAGGGCGCCUCACCUGCUCUUCAAGAAACAGCGAGAGGGAGACCCAGGGGGCUGAAACUUGAACUCUGGUUCUUUUAAAAUUAAUUUUGGUUGGUGUUGGGGGAGGCGCGAGUGCGUGUGAGAAGAACCGACCCACUCCCCGCAAGGGGAAGCCUCCCAUCUCCCCUUUCCCUGCGUCCGAGAAGGCGGAAACCCACAGUGUUACCUGACUUCUGAAACUUGAAACCGCCUCUGGAGCCGCCAUUCUGCAGAGUAUUUGGAAAAAGAAAAAAGGGUUUAUGCUUACGUCUCUGGGGUCGGGGGGAUUAUGUCACGAGCGUUCAAACU